AUGUGUUUCGCGAAAAAGUAAGAUAUUUUCCAAGCAUUGAAAACAUUUGAAUGCAUUCAGAGUCAAGAGGGACACUCAGUCCGCUGACAACCGGAAAUCGAACAAGAACGAGAGCCAGGACAGUUCUAUUGAAAGUUCGCACAAACCGGGAGAGAAACAAGAUCCGGCCCCUCCGCUUCCAACGCCUCUUCCACAGAAACAGAAUCCGAAGGCGAUGGUGGUGGUGAGGAGAGAAAGUGAAGAAGUUUGGAACUGAACAGUUUGCAGGUCAAGCCAUGGGUGCGGCGAACUCUGAACAUGGGAGUGCCGGCUCUGAUCGACGAGUUCAAGGGACUCGCCAAGUGGACUCCGGAGAACAUGACAACGGAGGCAUUUUCGGCAAACAAGGACAAGAACAGGUACCAGGAUGUUCCGUGUCAGGACAAGGGCCGAAUCGUACUCACCUUCCCCGGUCUCUCCUCCGAUUACAUCCACGCCAACUACCUCGGCACGGCGCACAAUCCGAAGCGCUUCAUCUGUGCCCAGGGACCACUCGAGAACACUCAGCACUCGUUCUGGGCGAUGGCUCUGCAGGAGAAGGUGGAGUGCAUCAUCAUGCUGUGCAACUGCAUCGAAAAGAUGAAAAUGAAGUGCCACCAGUAUUGGCCGAUCGAGAAGGACCAGAAGAUGACGUUCGGAACGGCGCCGAAUGCGAUCAAUGUGACGAACAUGGGCGCGAGGAGACUGGCGGGCGAGGAGACGUGCAUAAAUGUGACAACUCUCAAAGUGGAAUGGCCCGAGGGCAACCGCACUAUCCAGCACUUCCAGUGGGAGAACUGGCCGGACCGCGGAGUGCCCGCCACCAACCUCACUGCCAUCGUGAGUCGUUCCCUUCGUUCCCUCCCAUUCCACUCUUCCUUCAGAACCUGCUCUCCUCGGUUCGUGGAAAUCAGAAUCCCAUUCUCGUGCACUGCUCGGCCGGUAUCGGACGUACUGGAUCCAUCGUUUCGAUCUCCUACAUCCAGGACAAGAUGCAGGCCGGUGUACGUCAUCUAGCACUCCUAACUGAUGUCCUAAGAUCCCAAUGUUUUAGGAGAAUUGCAUGGCCAUGAACGAACUGCUCAAGGAGCUCAGAUCGCAGCGUCCAUGGUCCAUUCAGAACGAAUUGGUCAGUUUUCAUCCCCGCAACCCUUCGCUAAUCAUUUUCUUUUCAGCAGUACCUGUACGUCCACCGUGUCCUGUUGGCCUAUUUCCUGGAGCGUCACAAGGACACUUAUGGUGAACUGCUCACCGGGGACAGUGAAGCGAAGUACGCAAAAUGGAUUGAAGAUUACAAGACUGCCACUGACUCGAAAUAG